AUGUGGGCAACGCCCGCCAGCAGGGUUGGGGCGGAGGUAGUGUGUCCCUGGGGGCACCCUACAGACCCUCCCGGGUCUCCCCUGCCCGCCACCGCCCCUCACCCAGCCGUGGGCCUACGGUGGAUGGCAGAGGAGAAGGGGACCCGGAAACACCGACGCCCACUAGGAACCCACCUGCCCGCGGGCUCCCAAGGGUGCUCGGCCAGGGGAGGGCGGCCGCCCGCCUCCUUCCCCAUCCGGGACGCCGGGGUCGCGACGGCGACCGAACAGUUCCGGUUCCGCCCCCACCUCCACGGCAAGAGCGUCCUUCUUCUCCUGGUGAGCACUACGAGAACGCUGCUGCCCCCUCCUGGCCGCUCGGAGGACCUCCUGGCUGUUCUUCCUGGGACCGGUCCGAAGCGGAACGCCGGGAACUUGGGAAAGCUAAUCCCAACAGAAAGACAGGUUUCUGUUCCAAAAUUUGACAAGAUUCCUUGGCUUAGUGAGGCCAGCUUCAUAAACAAGCCAUUAGUGCUCAGCCUCCCCAAAAGGUCUCCUCAGUCCUCUACUACUAUUCUGAUUUCAUCCAAGAAGGAUAUGAAUUUGCCAUUUUUGUUUCAAGUUCCAGAUGCCUUGUCUAAGGUGAGCAGGAGCCAGAGUAACUCCGUGCUGCUCAGGAACAGGCAGCUGUGCUCCACAUGUCGAGAAAGAAAAAUGGUGCAACCAAGAACUAUGCUCAUCCCAGAUGAUCUGAAACUCUCCUUUGAGAAUUUUAUGAGUCAUAGGAUGAUGGGUCUUCACCCACCAAGAGCCAAGACUGUACCCAAACUUCCCCAUGAUGACAUCCUGACAGAGAACAUUGACUACAGACUGCCCAUUCUGGGCCCUAGGACAGCUGUCUUCCAGGACCUGCUCUCAGAUGCCUACAGAACUCUGCAGGAGAGGCAGCUCUCUUCCUUGCCCAGAAAGGGGCCAAUUAGCAAGACAAUGAGGCGGUGAGUGGUCUGGGCUCAUCUCUUCCGGACUCCCAGAGAGAAAACAACCUCACCAAACCAAUCUCUGACAUUGGGGCUCUCUCCUCAUACUUUCCUCCUAUUUCCAAUAACGUGACUCAGUUUUGCCUUCCUAACAGUUGCUGGUAUUCUAGUUCUUGUUACUAUCUUCUCACCUACUUCUCCCAAAGACAAAAUGGCUUAAUUAUAUGAUUAUAAAAAUUUAUUGAUUGAAAUAGAGCCAUGUAAGUGUGUCUCGUUUUAUUUGGUUAAAGUUUCUUAUCCAUGUUAUAAUAGACAAUAGUUUUCCGUUUCUAAGACAUGAAUAUUUUGUGAAAGUUAUUUCAGCUCUUCCUUCAGGGCAGGGGGCUAGAGAUGGC